AUGGACGUGGGUACCUUAGACGCGUGGGCGCAUAUGAUUCAGGAAUUGAUUGAGAAGGGAAUCUGUACAGACACGCCUACUUUUGAGCGUAGAGUACGGAGUACACAGAGGAGAAGCAAAUAUGACCAAUACUCACAGCCAUCAGCAUUCUCCGUCUGCCUAAUCAUCGUCACCGAGCAAGAGGCUCCAACAUUCUUCAUCCUCCGCCCGGGCAACACAACAUUCUUCAGUAGCCGAUUGAAGGCUGGUCCUAAGCAAACAAAAGGACACUGUUCCUGA